UAAAAGUAAGACAAGCUGGCAGCAGAAAAACAGAGUCAGUGUGAUGAUGAAUCAGGGCAUGAGACCCAGAGGAUGUCUCCUUCCAAACUGUGCAAUUAGAGACUCAAUAAAAGGUUUCAGUGCCUGCUAUCAGCUCACAACCAGCUGACCGGCAUCCCACUUGUUCUCACUCCUGAACAAGAGUCUCCUGAGUUUGUCAAGAUGCCUCGGCUCCUGAGAGAUGUCCUCCGUGUAAUCGAGACCUUCCACAAAUAUGCCCGGGAAGACGGUGGUGAGGCGACGUUGACCUGCAGAGAGCUGAAAAGGCUCAUCCAGGGAGAGUUUGGGGACGCUCUUCAGCCACGUGUCAUUCAUGCUGUAGAAAGAAACUUGAAUCUUCUGACUAUUGACAGUGAUGGCACCAUCAGUUUUGACGAAUUUGUUCUUACAAUCUGCAACUUGUUAAACCUCCAUUAUCUUGACACACAAUCAUUAUUAAAUUCAGAACCAAGACAAGGGUCUACACCAGAGGAGAAGCCAGAUGAUAUGAAUCUCCAGGCAACCAGCAGAACUGGCCAGCCCACAGAGGGAACUCCACCGACUCAAGAUAAAUUAGAGCUUCCUUUGGGAAUGGUGUCAUCAGCUCAGCUCAGCCCUGGGGAAAGAGGCUACAACAGGGUGGAACCACAGGGAGACACCGAGACUCACAAACUGCCAGGAGAAGCCUCUGGGCACAAUGAACUGAAGAACCAACACCUGGAAGAUGGACAGAGUCAGGAAGUGACCCAAGGAGUAGCAUCAACAGGAGACAAAGGGGCUGAAAAUGAGACAAAUAAGCCAACAGCAAGAUCGGAGCAGAAGGGCAGACCCACAAAGGGGGAGGAGGGACAGGAUAAGGAGACUCCCAAGGAAGAAGAUCAACCAGCAAGGGAGCAAAGUAGCACUAAGACAAGGGGUCAGAUUGGAGAACAGAAAGGGAACUUGGGAACCCAAAGUUCUCCCCCAGAAGAAACAACACAGAGACCCCCUGAAGAUCAGAGAGUUGCAGCAGGAGAGGUUGUGAAGGAACCCUUUAAGGCACAAGAACAGCCACCACAAGGAAAAGAUAAACCGAGUUCAGAAGGCGUAGACCUGCCAGACCAAACUGAUUCCAAGGAUGAUGGUAGAACAGCCGAGACUCAAGAACCAGGAAACAAUGCUGACAGGACACCCCCGGAAACCAAGAAUGCAGCUGAGCCAGAGGGUGACGGCAGAACACUUGAGACCCAAGAACCCCCAGCACAAGAAAAAGAACAGGAAACAAGCAACUUGUCAGUCCACAAUGACAGCAGACGUGUUUCAGGAACACCUGAUGUGAGAACUGAAAGGAAAGAGGGGAGAGACUCUGCGGCCCAGGAAAUCGUAGGGAGGGAAGAAAGCGAAAGGAAGUCUCAGCCACCAGCCCUGGAAGAGGAAGCACAGGGUGGCAAGUAUCCAGGAUGGAAACUCCAGGAAUCAGCAAAAGAAAGGGAUGCCAGAAAAGGUUCUAAGACACAAGAGUUAAGCUCAGAAGGAGGAGGUCAGAAUCAUCCUGAAAUUGAAGAAGCAGUCACCCCAGGAGAAGAGGCAAGAGAGGCAGAGGAAGGGACAGCAGAAGCACUUGUGAGCAACAAAAAUGUCCCUGCAGCAGAAGGGAUACCAGGAGCAGGAGAAAGAAUGUGGGAGUCGUCACCGCGUGAGAACAGGUCUGGAGGAGAAAAUAAGAGGGUCACCAAGACUCAAGACAAGCUUGUCAAGGAGGAGGUUGGUUUCCAGGGGGAAGAUCAGGAGCCAACAGUCACACAGAAGGAUAAAGGGUCUUCUGAAACCCCCAACAGCCUGGCUCCGGAGGAUGCUGACAGCAGCUCAGAGACAAGGGACCCGCCUAUGCAAGGGGAUUCCCAGAGUCAAGCAGACUCACACGAAGCGUCUGUGCAAGGAAGUCCCAAUGAUAACCCAGACACCCAGACACAGUUGGCACUGGGUGAGGAAAACAGAAUUCAGGCGGCAGUCGGAGGAGAGGAUGAGCAGCUCACCAAGGAACAGGAACCGCCCGAAGGCAAAGAGCACAAGAUUCAGGGCUCGGGGACUAAAGGCCCAGGUCCAGCUGUGGAGCCCAGUGAGCCCCCAGAGUCCCAGACACACCUCGAAACCAAGAAACUUCUCACCUUAGAGGAAGAGGAUAAAAGCUUCCAAGAGCUGGCAGGAGAACAAACUCCAGCCAAGAAGGGACACAAUUCUUCAGUCCCUGAGGCAGGCCUUGAAGAGAGGACUCGGAGGAACGAAGAGUCCUAUUCAGCAGGGAGCAGUGCAGUCUAUUCCAGUCCACUGUACAAGUACCUGCAGGAGAUCCUGCAGCAAACAGGCAGAACCAACGAGGAGCAUCAAAACCACGCUUAGACAGCCAGGGAAUAAGCCUCUGCCAUCACCAGCUCAGCAAUGAGAUCUCAGAUUUUCCUGUCUUUUCCAACGACAGCCAAGCAUUGCAAUAGUACACCAGGAAGCUUCUGCCUGGAUAGGAUUUUGCUGAAGCAUAACAAACAUCAGCUCCCCAGGUCUUGGAAGAUAAGCAAGGCCACUCUCUGAGAGAGGAACGAAUCCUUAUCAUUGUCCCAGGACUCAACAUGCCCCGAACUUCUUCCUUCUGGACAUGUACACACUCAGAUGCAGAUGAAUAAUCCUUUAAAUUUCCUUCCUAAGUUUUCACAAGAGCAAAUAAUAAAGUAUUCAGCAGACAGAGCUACUACCAAAGAAAUGUCACACUGAACAAACAGCCUAUCAUAGGAUGCUAUUGCCAGGUGUUAAAAUGAACUUUGUCAAGAGAUAAUUUAUCACAACUUACCUAUCACUAAAAAUGGAAAAAUCCUCUUCACAUUUUAACAGGUGCCAAUUUCUUUAGCUGACUAAUUGGCUUUUUAUAAUGUGGCAAUAGGACAGAUGUGACUCUACAAUAUUAUCUUACCAUCGUAAAAUAUCAUUAAUUCAUAGUGGUAGAUAAUUCUGUUUCGUGAUACUUUUCACACAGAUUUUAAGUUUAUUCUGAAAUGUUAUCCCUCAAAAUAAUCUCAGAUAUCUCCAUAACUUAAAAUAAUUGUGAUAUCUAGCACCCAAUUAAAAUAGAUUUAUGACUUUCUUUACUAAUGUCCAGUUGCAACUAAAUCUAUGCUACAUAUUCAUUCAUUCAUUCAUUCACUCAACAAACUUUUAUUAAAUCCCACACCUUACCCAGCCUUUUCAUAGUUUUUGGCUCAAAUAAGCAAUCAGAAUAAUUAUAAAGAGGAAAGAGAAUACAAAUCUAAAGUAUGCUUGAUUCCACAAGAAGAUCUUAUAAUCAACUAUCCACUAGGUCUACAAAAUGUUUAUCCACAUGGCUUGCUAAGGGCAAUGUAUUAAAAUUAACAAUUAAACAAUCUGAUGAUCAAUACCUUUUCUUGGUUCAUUUUCCCCCCUUUGUUUUCCAUUGAGCCUUUAAGACAUUAA